AAAAAAAUUUCUCCUCGUCGCCACUUUUUAUGUCUAUUAAUUUAAUUUUCUUUUUUAAUUUUCAGGAUUCGGAUGAUCAACUAUAACCAACUACACUCGAUGAUUUUCAAAAAGGAACUAAAUCAGAAUAUUGUAGUUUAUAUUGCGGCAGCAUAACCAGGUGUUUUGUUUAUGUAAAUAAACAGUUAUCAGUGAAUCAUUAUAUUAAUGUCGACUGAAGAUGAGCAAAUGCAAACGGAAUGUACUGUACCAAGAAGCACAAAACGCAAACCGGUGUGCAUGAUAGUGCUCGGUAUGGCUGGUUCCGGUAAAACUACAUUCGUACGCAAGUUAGCUCAAUACAACCACAAUGAACACAAUCCGUAUCUCAUCAAUUUAGACCCUGCUUGUCGAGAAGUACCGUUUCCAGUAAAUAUAGAUAUACGAGAUACCAUAAACUACAAAGAGGUUAUGAAGCAGUACAAACUAGGACCAAAUGGAGGAAUCGUGACAGCACUGAACCUAUUCUCCACAAAAUUUGGUAAAGUGAUUGAAUUGAUUGAGAAGACAAAUGAGAAACAUAAAUAUUGUGUCAUUGAUACACCUGGACAGAUCGAGGUUUUCACCUGGUCCGCUUCCGGAACUAUUAUUACAGAAGCCCUAGCUACAGUAUUUCCUACUGUUGUUGUGUACGUAAUGGACAUUGUACGUUCUACGAGUCCUACUACUUUUAUGUCAAAUAUGCUAUACGCAUGUUCUAUCUUGUACAAAGCACGUCUGCCUUUUAUUAUUGUGCUCAACAAAAUUGAUGUACAGGAAUUUUCUUUUGCUAUCGAGUGGAUGCAGGAUUUUGAAUCAUUUCAAGAAGCUUUAGAGAAUGAAACAACAUAUGUUAGUAACUUGACGCGUACAAUGUCUCUCACUUUGGACGAGUUUUAUCGCGAUCUGAAAACUUGCGGCGUCUCGUCAAAAACUGGUAUUGGAUUUGCAAAAUUUUUCGAGCUAGUAGAGGAAGCUGCCACCGAAUACGAAAACGAUUACAGAGUAGAAUAUAAUUUGUUACGAGCUGAAAAACAGGCUGAGCUGGAACGAAUGGAGGAGGAAAAACUGUCCAAAAUUUCACAGCAGGGGAAAGGUCAAGAGAUUGCUCUUGUUAGUGAGCUCAGUAGUGGUAGAGAACGUGCUGAGAUCUACCUAAAACAUCCUGGCAACGAGAGUUCGGAAGAUGAAGAAGGUCAUGAGGAUGAAGCUCCUGUGUGUCCAGGUGACGACGAGGCGGAGGAAGCAAAUUUCAGUUCAUUCGUUAGGAAGCACAAAGAAAUACAUGAGGAUUCAGCGCGGAAAAAUUCAGAAAAAUAAAUUCAAAGGGUAAUGUAACGUUAAA